UUCACCGAGACACUUCCCUCAAGUUCCAAUGGAUGACUCCCCCAGACACACUUGCCUGAAGCUAGAAAUCCCAACCCGAAGCAAUGAUUCGGAGCCCCGAGAGGCCUCCGAAUCCAUCUUCGUCAAAGGCACAUGGUACCCCGCCCGCUUCGACCUCGCCAUCACCGACGGCCGCGACGCCUGGAUUUGCAACGCAUCGGAGGAGGAGGUGAAAGAGAGGGCGUCUCAGUGGGACCAACCGGUGUCGGAGUACAUUGAUUUAGCUGAGAAAUACUUGGGGCUUCAACAACCCGGCUCCGUUUAUGGCUUCUCGGAUGCUGGUAGCGGGUUCAAAAGGUUAACAUGGACAUUUGAGAAGGAAGGGACGAAGCUGGAGUGGCGAUGGAAGUGUCAACCAUCACCAAAUAGUCAGAAAACCACAGCAGAUAGCUUGGAUUUUCUGAUGGAUGCAAAUAUACGGCUGAGUGAGGAAGUUGUCAGGAAAACUGACUUAUUUGAAAGGAUAAAAUUGGAAGCUGAAAAAUGUUUAGCUCAAAGUGAGAAACUCAGUCUUGAGAAGGCAGAAUUUGAAAAUGAAAUCUACGCAAAGUUUCUGGGAGUUCUGAACUCAAAGAAAGGGAAACUCAGAGAGCUUCGUGAUCGGCUCUCAAAACAGAAGAUGGCUGAACCAGAAGAAGAGGAGGAACAAUCGACUGACAAAACUGAGAGUUUUGAUGAAAGAAGUGAUGAAGACAAAUCAGAGGAAGAGGCUGGGACUUCUAAGGAUGCUCCCGCCAGUAAAUCAGUCGCUGCUCCAGCCAGCAGGUCUCUUGGUAGAAAGAGGAAGUAGAUGUGUAUGUGACAAAAUUCAGCAUCCACCGCAAGUCUCCCUUUUCCCCCCUUCUCUUUUACGUGAGAUAUGUUUAUCAGGAGACUGAAGCUCCUGUUGUAAAUAUUUGUGAUCCUUUCACUGGGUUAGUGUGCUCGAGGCAUUUUUCAAGAUUCAGUUGGUAAACCUCACAGUUAUGACUUCAUAACCAAUUUUUCUACGUUAGUCUCUCAUUGAAUUGCGUUUGAUCUUUA